GAUUGGGUCUACGUACCCAGUCAAGGCCAGUAUUUGUAUGCCCUUCUUAGGAAUCCCGCCACACCUUACACGAAUCAGCUCGCCAGAUGGAGUAUGACAGAUCACACAUGGACGACGAUCGGCAGUCCAUACACUCAGUUGACAGGCCAGUUCGGCGCUGCGUAUGGCUCCAACAAUGGAUCCAUGUGGGUCAGUAAUAAUGGCGAUGGCAAGAUCUGGCGCAUUGAUUUGGCGAACCCAGCAGUACCCGUCCUUCAGAGCACCGGUCCCGGUUCGCAAUUGAAUGACGGAGCCCGUUGUAUU